GGCUGUAGCGAAGUGUUCUUUUUUGGAUGGACUUUUGCGUGCGGCUUGAAGAAGACAGGAACAAGAUUUCCCGCCUGCUACAUACACACUGAAUAUACACGCAUUGUGCAUGGACAUACAGUCUAUGCUGUACACGGAACGAACAAGGAUGGGAUUCGCACGACAAUCCGCCAGCAUCAUCUCGUUUGCCACGCUUGCCCUCCUUAUCACGUACAUUACAACCAUCCAUGCCCAACCCGCCGCACCCCCACCACAAUCCCCCCCUUCCAUCAAAGAAGACUGGUUAGAUACUGACAACAUGUUCUUUGCCCUCGUCGACGAACCAGAGAGUCCAGACGGAGAAAGCGCCCUCUACCCUCCGAACGACUGCUACGCCAAUUGGUGCUUCCCUUCUGGAAUGUUUGUCGACCUCGUCAUCAAACACUGUAACCAAACAAUCACGAAGAUCGAUUCAAAGUCCCUCCCGACAUCUGCAAAAGAAGUUGAACAGCUACUGGGAGAUUGCAUUUGCGGUGCAAGCGAUGAUAAAGGGCUUCAACAGGAUAUCAACGCCAUGUGGCAAACAUGCGCAAACUGCUUGAACGGAAAAAUGGGCGUCACCGAUCCGAAGCAUCAUAGUACCAUCAAUGCAACAACAUUCAAUAAAGCUUGUUCGUGUAAAGACCCUGGACCCGUUCAAGCACUUGUCAACAUGCAGAAUCCAAAUUGGGUGUGUAAUGAUUACGAUGAGGAUCGGUUACGCAAUGGACGACGAUCUGGAAGGGCUCUACCGGUUUUUAGACCGCCUACCUCGGCUACACCCAACAAUGCGUCAGUGUCGGCGCCUAGUUCUGCUGUACCGGUUUCGGUGCCUGCAUCUGCAGCACCAUCGGCGGCACCAUCGGCAGCACCAUCGGCAGCCCCGUCCGCAGUAUCCGCACCGCCUGCAGCGCCUGCACCGCCCGCAGCGAGUCCCACAAACGCCCCGGCACCACCCGCCCCUGCUAAUCUGAGAAUAUCAGGAGCAGCUUUCAUGCCACAAGCUGCAGGUGACCGAUUUCCAUCACCACCACCUCCACCUCCACCACCUGAAGAUAUCGAAGACGACUGGCGGUGGUGGAUGCGUCCCGGAGGACAAAGAGAAGAACGGAGUCUGGGCGGAUUGAGACCAUAGUCACAAGACAUUUGCGAUGGAUAGAAAAUAUUGGACUAUUAUAUGACGCAUUUUUUGUUUUGUAAUUUUUACCAUUCAAUAGUCUUCUUUAUAGUGUGCAGGUGGUAGAAAAUGUCACUAGGGACAAAUUCUCCCUCCA